GUAGAAAAAUGACAACGCUAUGUCUCGGCCAACUUCGGGAAGACCAAUAUCUGCAAAACCUGUACCCGUAGUAGUCCCAAAACUUUCUGGAUACGUGUUUACAGAAAAAUUAGGAAGCGGUACCUAUGCUACAGUUUACAAAGCGUAUAGAAAGAGUGGAUGUAGACAAGUAGUAGCUAUAAAAUGUGUUAUGAAAAGUUCCCUAAAUAAAGCAUCUACUGAAAACCUUCUCACAGAGAUAGAACUACUGAAGAAGUUGAACCAUGAAAACAUUGUCAGGCUUGAAGAUUUUCAGUGGGAUGACCAGUACAUUUAUCUUAUCAUGGAGUACUGUAGUGGAGGAGAUUUGUCAAACUUCAUACGAUCAAAGAGAACACUACCUGAAAAUAUCCUCAAGCGAUUUUUACAACAGAUAGCAAAAGCCAUGCAGUAUCUGCAUGAAUUUAACAUAGCACACAUGGACCUCAAACCCCAGAAUAUACUAUUAACAUCUCACUUGAACCCAACUGUUAAAAUUGGAGAUUUUGGUUUUUCCAAACACUUGUUCCAAGGAGAUGAGCUGCAUACUUUGAGAGGAUCUCCAUUAUACAUGGCCCCUGAGAUUAUCUGUAAAGGCAAAUACGAUUCCAGAGUAGAUCUUUGGUCUAUAGGUGUAAUUGUGUAUGAAUGCUUGUUUGGGAGAGCCCCAUUUGCUUCAAGGACAUUUAAAGAACUCGAAAACAAGAUAUGGGAUUCCAAACCUGUGGAGAUUCCAUAUGGAGUUAACAUAUCUGAGAGCUGCCGUGACUUGAUUUUGAGACUACUGAAGAGGAAUCCAGAAGAGAGGAUAACGUUUGAGGAAUUUUUCACACAUCCAUUUGUAGAUUUAGAACACUGUGCUUCCAAUGAGAGCUUAUCAAAAGCAGUUAAUAUUGUUGCUAAUGCAGUGAAAAAAGAUCAGAAUGGAGAGUACAAAGAGGCCAUAAAACUUUACUGUGAUUCCUUAGAAUAUUUUGUUCCUGCUAUUCGCUUUGAGAAAGAUGAGAAGAAGAAAGAGGCCAUACGAGUGAAGGUGAAAGAUUACAUGAACAGGGCAGAGGAACUAAAGAAACUGAUGAAGCCGAAGAGACCCCCUCCUCCUGUAAAUGGGGUCAAACGAACCAUCUCAGAGGACCCCAUGGAGGAACUCAUGGAAUUGUGUAAAGAUAAUGAAGAAUUAACAGCAGCUAUGACACUUAUAAAGGCAGCAGAUACAGAGAAUUCACAAGAAAAUUAUGAACAAGCACUGAAACAUUAUGAACUAGCAUUAUCAACAUUCAUCAAGUACCUGAAAGAGGAAAAGCCUGGUCGUAGGAAAGACCUUAUCGGUAAAUUAUCACAUGGUUGGAUGGAUGAGGCAGAGAAAAUCAAGACCUUUUUGUCUGUUCGUGAAAUGAAGACGGAGGACACAUCGGCCACAGAAGAGGAAAAUGAAAAGAAGUUCUUUGACAAUGAGAAGUGUGGAAUACAGUAACCACAUUAACAGUUAAACAUGGGGAGAGAUUCUUUCCCGAGAAAACAAGAUACAUUUUGUGAAGAAAUUGGGGAACAAAUGUUAUAUUUAAAAGAGAAUUUUGUAACAUUUUCUGCAUUUUAAAUGUUUUAUUCCUGAUUGGUUUAAUUCUAUGUCAAGUCUGAUUUGGAUUUAAGCUCAUGUGUUUUAAAGGCAGAGAUUUUAAGCACCGCCUUCAAAAAUACCUGGUCUGUGUAUCCCUGUCAAUCAAGUGCAUUAAGGUACAUCAUUGUGUGCUAAAACGUGAUUGACAUUUACUUACAAGUCCCUGUGUAUACACUGUACACCUUGUCUGGCACUCAUGGUGACCUUCAGAUUAACUUUUGAUCCUUUGAUAUUUACCACAAAUGGUAUAAACAAUAGAGAAGCUGUAUUACUAUGGAAUUUUUAGCUUGAUAAUAUAUAUACAUACACACCUUUAGUAUUUGAAAUAAUUAUGACAUCCUUUAUGGUAAUAUAUGUUAAAAUUUGGUAUAACUUUCUUUUUCAAAGUUCAACAAAUACGUUGAAUAAUAAUAUUUUUUAAUGGGUGAGGAUGCUUUGACACACAUUCAAUUACAAAAUUAUUGAGAUCUUUAUUUACAACUUUUUAUUUCUAAUUUAAAAUCAUCUCAGAAUUACAACACAGGUAAAGUUUGACUUCUUGGGUACUCUACUGUGUAUUAAAUUACUUCCUGUGUGUAGGGAUUAUAGGAGACAAAUGACCACAGGUAGACUGCUAGCCCUCAAGGCAUUCACACCUGUACAAAAUAAGCCCCUCCCUCACCUGGAAUUUACCACCCCGUAAAACAUCUCUGCCUUUAACUAUUUAAAAUACAGUAUACAUUGUACAAUAGCACAAGUUAUAUAGUUCUGGUCUAUACUUAAAUCCAUACAUGUAGUUUGUUUUCUAGAACAUUUGUCAUACAAGUGCUUUCAAAAAAUAUUCAUUUUCAACUAAGUAUGAUUAAUUGUAAGAAGACAUUUUCUCUGUUUUAAUUACAAGAUUUAAAUGUAUGUGUAAAUUUGUAUAAUUGUAUGUAUGGCUGUGUUACCUCUGCAUGUUUA